AGGUCUGGGAUACCUCUAAAGAGCUGAGGCCCAAAAACGCUGAGGCUGGAGCGGUCGACUGCAGUCAGGGCGAGAACAUCAGAUGAAAGGAGGAAGCACUUCAGUCUGAGAAGAAGGGGAGGGGGACCGACACUGACUUAUCCCUGACGGACCGACGACCCUGCACAGUGCAGAGAGGAAACAGCAUGAGACUACACCUACUGGAGGCCAGCAUACCAUUACUACACGAGCUGGUCACAACUUCAUUAAGAAGAGUGUAAAGGAAUCUGAACUGAUACAGAGGGACUAGAAGUGAAAACCCAAAGCCAAAACGCAAGGGGAGAUUUGAGGAAAGACAGGAGAGAGAACAGUUAAAGCUUGUGAACAUUGUCCACCUUCUUGAAUAAGUGGGGAAAAAAGAGAGAGUUUCACUGCAACUUCAAGGAGAAGAGAAGAGAGAAGAAGAGAAGGAGAAGAGAAGAGAGAAGAAGAGAGAGGCUCUACCAGGCUCCACGUCAAUUUGACCAUGAGUAUGAGUGGCACACUGGAGAAGGGGGCUCACCACCAGGCUCUGGAGUUCUCCGAGGAGCUCUCUCCCGACAACCACCACCACCACCUCCAGCACUCCAACUCUCUGGCCUCCAGCGCUCCUGUGGGGACCCCCUCCGGCGUGGUGGUGCCUCCCCCGUACUCUGCAGCUGAGAGUGGGGGAGGUGGUAGCGGCGCUCCCCUAGAGCUCCGGGGCUCUCUGGACUGCUGGGCGUGCUCGGUGCUGGUGACAGCCCAGAACCUGGUCAUCGCGGGGAUCAACGCCUGCCUGGCCGGACUGGUGUUCGGACUCAUCCUCACCCCCGCCAUCGUCAUGGUGGUGUUCGGAUUCCUCUGUCAUUCUACGGUGCGCCCUCAUGGGACAACCCGCUACUGCUCGGACCUGCUGAAUGACGGUGGCUGUGUGGCCCUCCUGGUGGUAGGUUUCCUCCUGGUUACCCCCCUCCUGGUCCUGGCUCUGGCCGCCUACUGCCGCCUGGCCCACCACCUCCAGCUGGGGCUCUGCUUUAUACCAUAUUCCAGGGCUGUCUACAAGAACCUGCCCGCCACACAGCACCAUGGCCUGGGAGGGGGCUGCUGUGGAGGUGGUGGGGCCGGAGGGGAGGGAGGACGAAAGGGGAAGGUCUGGGUGUGA